AUGGACAAGCUUAUAGCGGCCGUGCAGGCCAGGGAAUGUUUAUGGGACAAGAGUUACAGAGGACACAGGAAUCGGUUUAAAUUGGAGAGAUAUUGGAACGAGGUCGCCGCUGAAGUUGGGACGACCAGUCUUAACUGUAGAAAAAGGUGGAAGAACCUUAAAGACCAAUGCCGGAAAGAGAUGAAAAAGAACCCCAACGACUCGGAAUGGCCGCAUUUCCAGAAGCUCAAAUUCAUUCAUCACCAGUUCCUGGCUGAGGACGAAGAAGGCGAUGAAGAUACCACAGACGAAGUUUACAACGCUCUGGAUGAAUCUAUUAAAAGACCUAAACUGGGGUAUACUAUGAGAAAGAAAUUAUUAAUGAAUAAACGUAGAACAAUUGACGUUGACAUGAAUAAAUUGAUAGAUUUGGUUCGCCCGAGGGACUUGAUUUGGAACAGACAGUUAAAAGGACACCACAACUGGUACAAGCUCGACGAGAGUUGGAAGGAGAUCGCUCAAGAAUUGGGUGUCACACGAGAUGAAGCUCGCCUCAAGUGGAAGUAUCUGAGGGACCAAGCGAGAAAGGAGGUCCGCAAACAAGACUCCGAAUGGGAGUACCUUCCAAAGCUGCAGUUCCUCACGAACCAGUUCAACGAUUACGAGAGCAUCGACAACACCGAGGAGCAAUAUUCCCAAGAAUACGAACCAAUAGAACCGCCAGCUUCUUACUACGUGGAGCCGACUAACGAAGUGAGUGAAGUCAGCGUUAAGGAAGACGAUUUUGACGAAUUUGAUACGAAACCUAUUAUCAUGGAAACGGAUUUCUAUGACGAUGAUGAUGAAGCUCAAAGAAGCGCUGCGAUCAAUGAAAGCACUGAACCAGCUAAGGACGAAGACAUAGGUUUCUUUAACAGCUUACUUCCUCAUGUCAAAAAAUUGGGACCGGCGAAGAAACUGAUGCUACGAAUGAAGAUCCAAGAGUUAGUCUAUAACACUGUUUACAAUGAAAAUUAA